AUGCUGGUCAAUAAACCACGUGUAUUGGUCGUAGGUGGUGGACCUGUGGGUCUCGUGACUGCAUUUAUGCUUGAGAAACUCUAUCAUGUUCCUACUCGUGUGGUAGAGCGUCAACACAGUCCUACCUUACAUCCUCAAGCACAUUUUCUUAACCUUCGUACAAUGGAAAUUCUCUAUGCUUUAAUGCCUCAAUUUCAUGAUCGUCUAUUAGAACAAGCAGCUCCUAGUAUCCUCUGGCGUGACUAUGUUUACUGUACAGGAGUAGGCAGAGCACGGGAGAUUGCACAUAUUGACCAGUUUGGCCCAUGCAUCUUACGAGAUACUAUCGAGCAGGCAACCACAAAUGGUGAUAAUCUGCGCAAAUCACUGACGACACUAUCACCGACACAGUUUCUGCACUUCCCACAGAAUCGCUUUGAGACGUUGCUAAACGAGUUCUUGGCGGAAAAUGAUUUGCUGGUGGAGCGUGGAGUUGAACUUGAGAGUCUGACAUUGCCAGCAAAAGGUUCGGCCACGCAGCAAUCUCAAGUUACGCUACGCCACUUGGAUACUGAUACAGUCGAGCAAGCGUCUUACGACUUCAUUCUUGGAGCGGAUGGUGCACACAGCCUUGUGCGCCAGCUGUGUGGUAUUGGCAUGGCUGGAACGCUCAACCUGCAAAGCAUUGCAAAUGUGCAUUUUACAAGCAAGGCGCUGUCGAAGGCUGCGAGUGAGAAUCCAGCUAUGCUGUACUUUGUGUUUAACAAAGAAAUUGUCGGUGUUCUGAUUGCUCAUGACCUCUACCAAGGCGAGUGGGUUUUUCAAAUUCCGUUCUUUCCUCCGCAAGAGUCAAUUGCCUGGGACUUCUCAAUCGCACAAUGCAAGGAAAUAAUACGCCAUAUCCUACCCAAACACGUCGAUGUUAGCAAUGACGACAUCACUAUUCGGUCAGUUGGGCAGUGGCGAAUGGGAGCUCGUGUAGCAGAGCUGUACGAUGCCGGCAAGCAGCGUGUCUUCCUCGUCGGUGAUGCGGCGCACCAAUUCCCGCCGGCAGGUGGUUUUGGCAUGAACACAGGACUGCAGGACGCGCACAAUCUGGUUUGGAAAGUGGCGCUUGCGAUCCAGAUGAACACGAAAACGUUUCUUGCUAACGGCGUCAAUACUCAAGCGUUACUGAGCUCUUACGGCCGGGAACGCCAGCCUGUUGCCAAAAUAAAUACGCAGCUAAGUCUGAGGAACGUAAAUCGAACCAUGAAGGUUCCGCAAGCACUAAACAUAUCCUAUGACAAUGCCCAGACGCUAGCAAAGGUUAUGAAUUCAGAGCCAAUGCAACUCCUUCCAAUGCGCGCUCAGCGCAAGAUAGCGCAGGGAAUUAUGAGGGUCGGUAAAAUGCCUCUGGGAUUUUUGGAUGAAGCUAAGGAUGCGGGCGGACGAGGAAGUGCCUUGGGCAACCGCAUGCGCGCCAGCGUUAAAGAUGUUGUAUCGCGCCGUAAAACGCUUGGAAUGAUAUUUUACCACUUUGAUAUUGGCUUUUCCUAUGAUGCAUCUUCCUGGGCGGCUCGAGCGAAGAAGCUCAUGGAAGACUCAGCAAUGGAUCAGUCUGCUGAAUUUCGUACCGAUACCGGCUACGGCAAUAAAACCAUCUACUCUCCAACUUUCUGCGUUGGCGCGAGAUUUCCUCACUUUUGGUGCUAUAGCAACGACGCGAAGGUGUCCACUCUUGAUAUGACGCGCCUUGUUAUGCAAAACAGAAAGCCUGCUGAAGAAGUGGGCAAUGUGCAGUUUGUUCUGGUCGUAGGUGAGCGUAAUGCUGAACGAGUGAUUCGUUCUUGCUCGUCUUUCGCUUCAUCAGUAAUGGCGAAGUACGUCUCUCUCAUCGUUAUGUGUUCCAGCGCUGAGGUUGACGCUGCAAUUGUAGAGGCUCAAAAGUCCUCGGCAUUUGGCUCCGUCAUGUCAUUACAAGUGGUCGGGGGAGGAAAGCAAGCAGACGUGGGCGAAAUUUAUGACUAG